UGCCAGUUGGUUCGUUGGUCCGUGGAGGCCUCUGAGCACAGACCUGGGCCUCCCCUGGGGAAGCGGGUGGGAAGACUCUGAGGCGGAAAAGAAGGAGCUGGAUGGGGGGGUGCAGCGAGCCUGGCUCGGGAUGGGGGCGGACUUGCUGGAGCUCCGAGGGCUUCUAAACCACGCAUCGCGCGGGUGGAGGGAGGGAGGCUCCGGUUUAGAGGCCAGUCCUGCCGGCCUGACUUUCGGUGGCUUGUGGAAUUUGUUUGUUUUGACUGAUACCUUUCUUAGGAGGUUCUUUACUUUGUCUCUGGGUUGCUUCUAAUAUUUAAAAUCAACAUGUGCACAGAUGAGUCCAUCCAUGAUCACUGGAAACGGUCCACGGGGCUGCCCUCUCCCCUCCAUCUCAAGCGCGACCCGUGGCAGAGAGCUGGAGAAGGUUCCAGAAAAAAGGGACUCUGGCAUGACCGAGGUGGAGAGGACCUACAGUGCUAACUGCAGUGAUUUUCUGGAAUCUAAGGGAUGUUUUGCCAACACAACAUCCUCUGGCAAAAGUGUCAGUUCCUCAUCUUCUGUGGAAACAGGCCCAAGUGUCAGUGAGCCUCCAGGCCUCCCCAGAGUGUCUGCUUACCUAGACACCACUGCUGACUUGGAUCAGAAACCCUCCUCCUCACAUUCUGGUCACUCCUUGGAAAUGUCAUUGCCUCAAGUCCAAAAGGAUAAGUAUCCUGAGGAAUUCAGCCUGCUUAAGUUGCAGACAAAAGAUGGGCAUCGUCCUGAGUGGACGUUUUACCCGAGGUUUAGCAGCAACAUCCACACUUACCAUGUCGGAAAGCAGUGCUUCUUUAAUGGUGUCUUCCUUGGCAACAAGAGGUCUCUAUCAGAGAGGACGGUGGACAAGUGCUUUGGGAGAAAGAAAUACGAUAUUGAUCCCAGGAAUGGAAUCCCAAAGUCAACUCCAGGGGAUAAUCCAUAUAUGUACCCAGAACAGAGUAAAGGCUUCCACAAGGCAGGAUCAACGCUCCCACCAGUGAAUUUUUCAACAGUACCUUAUGAAAAGAAAUUUGAUACAUUUAUUCCGCUUGAGCCUCUUCCACAAAUUCCCAACUUGCCUUUCUGGGUGAAGGAGAAGGCUAACAGUUUGAAGAAUGAGAUACAAGAGGUUGAGGAGCUCAACAACUGGCAGCCAGCAGUGCCCUUAAUGCACAUUCUGCUCCUUCCUGGUGCUUUGGACUUUCCAAGACAAUCCUGAGCAUAAACAGGCCCACAAAACAUGUACUGACUGCACUCUGGCGAGCCUUUUCCAGUUGAUGGUUUUUCUCUUGUGACUGUUCUAAAUUCAAUGUUUGACC